CCCACCACCACGAGCUGUACAUUUCUCAUCAGGGUCGCGGUGAGUUCCUUCCUGAGCCGGGAUGGCGAAGAGUACAUGGGCGCUCAUCUGCCACCUCCACGCCAUUGCAGGGCCGAGCCUGACCCUGAUAUACCCGCUGUACGCGUCGAUCUGCGCUAUGGAGAGCACGUCCAAGCUGGACGACGGCCAGUGGCUGGCCUACUGGAUAAUCUACUCCUUCAUCGCCCUCUUCGAAAUGGCAGCCGAGCAAGUCCUCUAUUGGAUACCGCUGUGGUACGAGGUGAAGCUGCUAUUCGUGGCGUGGCUGGUGCUGCCGCAGUUCAGGGGCGCCUCCUUCAUCUACGAGAAGUUCGUCAGGGAGCAGAUCAGGAAGCACGGGGUGAUGCUGCACGAGCACCAUGGCCACGAUGCCGGCCACGGCUCGCACGUCCUGAAGGCUGAGCACGGCGUGCACUGAGGAGCAAACUGGCCAGGAGAAUGUCUGCCUGUCCGCCGACGACGAGCCUUAACCAAACCCGCUGAUCAGGGAUCCCCUUCCGAGCCGGCGUCCUUGUUGAUAUAUGUUGUGAGAUGUUGGACGGAACAUCGGGUUGGGGUACCAUGUACUACCUCUGUUCCUGAAUGUAAGAAGAACUGUCAAAACGUCUUACAUUUAAAAACAGAGGGCGGACAUGAUAAUUCGACGAUCCCUUGUAUAUUUAUAAAUAACGGAAGGAUUUGUGUUCUUUGCGAUCAAUAAAUUUGUAUGGUACUGGUGUAUUUUAGAUAAUUGGUCAUGGUACUUGCCGAAAAGGUUCCCCGGAAAUCACAA